AUUCUAAAGCUCAUAGCCCUCUCCUUCCAGAGCAUUUCACAUCGCUCUCAUCUCCACCUGCUUGCAUCCAGCGCCUCGUCACUCUGCAAAACACUGAUCCAACGUUUGAUGGAUGCAGACAGCACAUACCUCCAAAGGAUGAGCCGCAGCAACAGGAAGAGCUCUAGGGGCCUUGACCUGAAACUGAACCUCUCACUUCCUGCAACAGGGGACUCCUCCAGGAGGGCGAUGGCUGAUGAGGAGUCAUCCCCGAGCUCCUGCCUAUCGUCAGAGAACGAGCAUGGCCUGCAGUGGUCCAACAGCCCUGAGGCCACAUCCAUGGUUCUUGCUGCCUGUCCUCGCUGCUUCAUCUACGUCAUGCUCCCACAAGAUGACCCUCGGUGCCCCCAGUGCAAGAGCCCUGUUCUCCUUGACUUUCUGCAGGACAACAACAACAGUAAGAACAACAGUAAUAAUAGCAGCAGGAGGAGCAGGAGGGGAUGAGCAAUAUGGUUCCAUAGGCGGCACGACAUCAAGAAAAAAAGUUAUAUGAAGUCCUAGGUCCAGUAGUUCUAUUUGUCUAGUCAUUUCUUCAGUGUAACUGUGAUAUAUCCAUUCUAAAAUUGCGAAGCUAGCACCCAUACGUUAGUAUCACAAUUUUGAUAUAUCACAGAUACACUGAGUGAGGGCGAUAUCUUUAAUCCUUGUUUCCUUCCUUUGUGUCUCUAAAUGUAAUAGUUUUGUUUAGACAUAGGACCAGACUUCCUAUCUUUUCGUUUCAAGAUAAGAAAAGUUCACCCUGAUAGAGUGAAAUUGAGACGUAACUUCAUUCUAUCAUUCAUAGGAGCUUCAAAUCCAAGCUUCCAAGUCUCGGAUUCAAUCUCAACAUUGGAAGAAGGGGAUAACAUUGGAAGACAAUCUACCCCAGAAAUGGGAUGUUAGCAUCACAGGUUAGCUGAACUGAUCUAUUGGCACUACUGCGCCCAUAGUUGCAACGAAAAGAUCUGUGCUUCAUGACAACUACCCAUAAAGACAUCAAGUAUUGAAAUGGUGAUGAAAUUUCAAUUGGAAAGAGACAUGUUUAAAAAAGGUUGAAAAAAAGUUGGUGUGACGCCAUGCAAUAAAUACUAAUUAAUUUCA